UCCCUCCCCGUUUUCCUCCCGCCCCCGAGUAACCGCUCUCCCCACCAUCUCCUUCCCCCCUCCGCCCUCCACAAGAACCUCAGCAAGAAACCAACCCGUCUUCCCCUCUGCUCCCCACCCACCCAUCGUCGAGAGAUGGACGACGUGCAGCGGACCGAGGCCCUGCUCCUGGCGGCGCGCUUCCUGACGGGAGGCGCCGCCAACUUCGCCGUCGCCUUGCCCAAGACUGCUCUGCCCGCCGCAGCCGCGCAGCUGGCCCAGCGUGCUCGGGAGAUCGCAGAUUCUGCGGACGAGUCUGAGUUCGACAGCUCCGGCCUGCGCGCCGCCGCCGACAUGCUGUCGCAGGCAGACGCGGGCAGCAGGCCCCGGGCCAUCACGGACCUGCUGCGGGAGUGCUUCCUGUUGGAGGGGCUCGCGGCCGGGAGAGACGCGGCUGCUUCGGAGGGCCUCAGGCGAGGCAUCCUGGACUUGGCGAUGGCCGGGGGGACCCUCCUCCGCGUCCUCCCGACCCGCCGUUGGGAUUUCUUGCUCGCGGCGGAGAUGGCGCAGGAUCGUGAGGAGGCCCGCGAGAGGGACGAGGCCGCGCCCGCGACGGCCAAGGUGGUUGCUGACGCCGCGACGGCGAAGGGGGCUCCUGAGGCCCCGACGGCGGCGGGAUGGUGGUCGCGGCUCGCGAGCCGGUUCUCCAAGAAGAAGAGGCUGAGCGGCGGCGAGGAGACGGACCCCGAAGCUCAGUCGCUGCUAGCACGCAGCCAGCCUGACCCCAGCCCCAGCCCCAGCCGCUCCCCCUCGGACUCGUCGCCGCCAUGGGGCAACUGGCUCAGUGUCCAGAUGUUUGCGCUCUCUGGGUCGAUGUGCCUGCUUCCGUACAUGGGUCCUGCCGCGCUGCUCGGUAAAGACUAUUCAGAUAACUACAGGUGGUGGGUUCACCUUGUAAUUCAGAUAGUGUUUUGCUUGGUGGUCGUGGGAGUACCCUGCGCCUUGUCCAGACGGUCACGGAUCGAGGAGCAGUAUGCCCGUUUCGCCGCUCACCUCGGGAUGUUGGGUAUCACCGUGAACAUCAUCAUGUUCUCUCACUGGAUGCUGGCCGCCAAUGCCCUGUACACCAUGUGGGCUUUCCUAGUGCUGGCCAGCCUAUGCUUCCUCGUGUAUUGGAUAGUGGAUAUGGUGUUGUAUGGUAGGCGAGGUAUAAGCAACUAGGAGAACAAGCAGCAAGCAGGCACUGGAAGCUGCUUUCAUGCAAGAAGAUGCACCGUCAGCAAUCAAACGACAAAUGUGUGCUCUUCUCAAUUUUGAAUGUGGCCGCAAGGGUUG